AUGCAAGCGAGUAAUACCACAAAAAACAGGGUCUGCGUAAGUAUAGACCAUGCACGGAUAGAAGAAAAUGCAGUGAGACUUUUAAAGUCUCUGGAGUACUUUUCCGCGAACACAAUCGAAUUUUCCAUAGCUCUAUACCCUAUAAUAGAGCAGCACUGCUCUGCCGCGUUGGCAUCAAGUUGUACGGGGGCUGGUACAGACGCCAAAAAUGCAGCUUUAAAAAAGAUAGCAAGCCUGCUGACGUACAUAAAAAUGCGCAACGACAGGAACAAGAGUCUCUUCAAAGAUUUCGGCGUCUUCUCUUAUCGAGGGCCUCUGGCAUUGAAUGCCAUUAGAAAAGACUUUUCGCAGAAAAUAACAGAGGCCAUAAACACCAUCUAUGAAAGGCAUGCGGUGUGCGUUACGGGCGAGAACCACUGCGAAUAUUUGGUCAAAAUAGCCAAAAUACUGGAGAGAUACGUGCACAUAGACGUUCUGCUCAUAAAAUGCCCGAGAUCCUACAUGAAGACUGCGCCGUCCGCUCUGAGAUCCCACAUAGACGCUUCAGACUUUAGAGAGUACUGCAACCGCCUGCGCUCGGAAGGGGAACUUGCAGAAGGAGUGCCUUCUUCCCAGGGGAAUUUGCAGGGCGAAGAAGAGCUGGGCAAGGAGUGGCAGGAAGAGCUGCAGGAGGGCGCAGGCGAAGACGCCCAGAAAAAGAGCACUCUAGGCCAGCGUACCGUUGAGGAGAAGCUAAAAGACGUUUUCAGCAAGAUGCCCGCAAUACUGCAAAAGACAGCGCUUGCAAUUAGGCGCUCAAAAGAGCAAAACUCUAAAGCCAUCCCUGCACUAGCUGCAGAGAUGAGUGCGUUGGGCCCGCAAACUAUGGACGCCCUCUUUACAAUAUGCUUCCCCGAGCAGCUGAUUCCUGCCAUGGCGCAGAAGUAUCAGAUAGCCAACGGGGCGCUUACUCUUUUGAAUGUGCACGACCCAAUAUUCACUAUGCACCUCGCAAAAGAGGAGCUUGCCAUGUCCAAGCGGCUAUUCUUUAUUUCGCAGCGAAAAAAGCGCAUGUCACUUGAAGAGAAAAAAGCCUGUCUAGUAGUGCUGCCUUUUGGCAUAGGGAUGCAGAAACUCUCGUAUCCCUUUCUGCUAAGAAACCGCAUAAGCCUGCCAGACAUGGACAAAGCGCUCCAGGCUCCUGCAAAAGAGACACCGGCCAAUCCUACAGAAGGCUUCGCCCCUCAAGAGGCUCCGGUCUCCAGCGGCCCCUCUCCCCGAGAAUGUGCGCCCAGCACCUCGCAUCCCCAAGAGCCCACUGAAGAGACAGAGUUUCUGGAGCACUCCACCUUUGAAAUAGGCGAAGGCCUCUUGAAGGAGAGCAACGACUGCUCCAGGAAAGAGCGCAUCGUCUUAUCAAUAUAUAUAGUUGGUUUUUUCAUAUACAUACUGUUUAUGAUAAUAUUCCCGUACUGUCAGUGGCGCAAAUUAGCAUGA